AUGACACCAAACAUGUCCAUUCCACAGCUCGAGGGCUAUAGCUGCCAACCAAUCUUCCUGAACGUGCUAGAGGCCAUAGAGCCUGUCGUGGUAUGCUCUGGACAUGAUAACAACCAGCCUGACAGUUUUGCAUUGCUGUUGAGCAGCCUCAAUGAGCUGGGAGAGAGGCAGCUAGUGCAUGUGGUGAAGUGGGCAAAGGCAUUACCAGGUUUCCGUAACCUGCAUGUAAAUGACCAAAUGACCGUCAUACAGUACUCCUGGAUGGGCCUUAUGAUAUUUGCUAUGGGAUGGAGGUCAUUCAAAAAUGUCAACUCAAGAAUGUUGUACUUUGCUCCAGAUUUGGUGUUCAAUGAGUAUCGCAUGCACAAAUCACGUAUGUACAGCCAAUGUGUUCGAAUGCGUCACCUCUCCCAAGAAUUUGGAUGGUUACAGAUCACACCAGAGGAAUUCCUGUGUAUGAAGGCCCUUCUGCUGUUCAGCAUUAUUCCUGUGGAAGGUCUGAAAGAUCAGAAGUGCUUUGACGAGCUUCGGAUGAACUACAUUAAGGAAUUAGACCGUGUCAUAUCCUGCAAAAGGAACAACCCAAAUGCCAGCUCACGGCGGUUUUCCCAACUUACCAAACUCCUGGAUUCAGUGCAGCCAAUUGCUCGUGAGCUGCACCAGUUUACAUUUGACCUAUUUGUAAAGGCCCAGAUGGUGAGCGUGGAUUUUCCUGAGAUGAUGUCUGAGAUCAUUUCUGUCCAAGUUCCUAAGAUCCUGUCUGGAAGAGUCAAGCCCCUCUACUUCCACAGUUUAUGA